CGUCUGACACAACCACAGUUGCUCUGAGACGGCGUGUUUUUGUUUAAAUACUCGAACAAUUCUGCUGAAGAGAAAUGCAGCUAUAUUGAACUGGAGUGUACAGCUUGCAUCUACGUGUCGGGCAGAAGGAUUUAAUUUACUGUUUCAAUUGGAUUUGUCUUUUACCGACAUGGGGAUACGCCAGCAUCGAUGCGGAAAAUGGCUGUCGUGUUGGACACUUGCAUUGCAACUCUUCAUUUUUGUCUUAAUGAUGUCUACCGUCUGCGGCCAAAUCCGUUAUUCGAUACCGGAGGAGAUGAAGAAAGGUUCGCUAAUCGGUAAUGUAGCACAAGACCUUGGUUUGGAUCUGAGAAGGCUUCGUGCUGGUCGCGCCCGCAUCGUGACGGGGGAGAACAACCAGUAUACUGAGCUGAAAACAGACAAAGGGAUACUAGUCGUGAAUGAGAGAAUAGACCGAGAGGAGCUUUGUGGAGACGUGACACCGUGUAGUUUCAGCUUUGAAAUUAUUUUAGAGAAUCCAAUUGAACUGCACAGGGUGACGGUAGAAAUAUUAGACGACCAGAACGACAACCCUCCUCAGGUUCUGUACCCAGUCCAGACUGGUGGCUCUGUGGUGGCUGAACUGGUGCCUCGUUCAGCAGAUGUGGGCUAUCUGGUCACUAAAGUGGUGGCUGUGGAUGUGGACUCUGGACAGAAUGCCUGGCUCUCCUAUAAACUGCAGAAAGCCACAGACAGGGCGCUGUUUGAAGUGGGCUCACAGAAUGGAGAAAUAAGAACUAUCCGCCAAGUCACUGAUAAAGACGCAGUGAAACAAAGACUGAGUGUUAUAGUGGAGGACAACGGGCAGCCUUCUCGUUCAGCUACAGUCGUUGUUAACGUAGCGGUGGCGGACAGCUUCCCGGAAGUGCUGUCGGAGUUCACUGACUUUACGCACGACAAGGAGUACAACGACAACCUGACUUUUUACUUAGUGUUGGCUCUGGCUGUAGUUUCCUUCCUCUUCAUCACGUGUGUGGUGGUUAUUAUCUCGGUGAAAAUCUACAGGUGGAGACAGUCUCGCGUCAUGUAUCACUCCAACCUCCCCGUGAUUCCAUAUUAUCCACCACGUUACUCAGACACUUUGGGGACAGGGACUCUCCAGCACGUGUACAAUUACGAGGUGUGCAGGACGACUGACUCCAGAAAGAGUGACUCUAAGUUCGGCGGAGCUGGUAGUCAGAACGUGCUGAUAAUGGACCCCAGUGCUACAAGGACGAUGCAGCGGAUACAGAGUGAAAAGAGCAUCCUGGAUGAACCAGACUCUCCUCUUGAGGUGAGGCCUUUAACUUGCUUUUUCAGAGGUUAG